AUGCCUCCAAUCCCCCAAUCCUCAGACUUCCCAUCCUCCUUGACUCUGUCCAUCAUCCCCCCCGCUCCACCGGGCACAAACAGCACAAACAUCCUCCUCAUCCUCCACGGCCUCGGCGACACCAUCGCCCCGUACAACUCCUUCGCUUCCGCCCUCCACCUCCCCGAAACAACCUGCAUCACCCUCCAAGCACCCAACCCGCUCCCGUUCCUCCUCACAGGUUACCACUGGGGCGACGAUCUCGUAUUCGACGGCGACACAAUCGACCCAGACCCGGGAUUCACCCGCGCCACUCGCCUCGUCGCGCAUGACCUUAUCGUCAACGUGCUAAUCGGGAAACUGGGAUACCAGCCCAGAGAGAUCCUGAUUCUCGGGUACGCGCAGGGCGCGGCGGUCGCGCUGGCUGCGGCCAUGGAGUUGAACCGGUCAGGGAGGCCCGGGGAUCGGGAGAUUGGAGGCGUGGUGGCUCUGGGAGGGGUGGUUCCGCUUUCUGCUGUGAAGGAGGAUGGGGGGAGGGGAAAGUCGAGGACUCCGGUGCUGUUGGUUGGCGGCAGGACGCCGGAGAGCGCGGUGACGGAUGGUGGAACGAGUCGGACGAAAAGCGAGUUCGAGUUUGUGGAGUCGGUGAGGUGGCAGAGAAAAGGCGAUGGGAUGCCCAGCAGUCGAGAGGAGAUGAUGCCGAUUAUGCGCUUUUUCGCUCGAAGGCUGAGGAGUAGGAGUGGUGUUCCGGAAGGGAGCGUGGAGCUCUCAUGA